AAGCUAAAAUUAUCUAGUAAAUACGAGAAUAUAUCAGAAUUACUGACCGAUAUGCGCAAACAAUUAUUACCAAGAAAAUCAGCAUCGGCCAUACAAAUGAAACUUCAAACAUGUAAGCAAAAUGAACGCACUGUUGCUGAUUUUGGCAAGGAAAUUUCUGAAUUGUUCGCGGAUUUAACUAUUACCCAAUCGGACGGAAAUUCUGAUCAUUAUAAUGUUCUGCGCCCGUUAAACGAAAAUUACGCAAUUAAACGGUUUGCCGACGGGCUUAGGAACCGUAGAACAAGUACAAUAAUUGCAGCGCGUGAUUUUAAUACACUAAAAGACGCCAUUCAAGCAGCGCAAGAUGAAGAGAUCACGAUAAUUUCCUCAGCGGAUGUAAUGGGCAUGUCCGCUCAACCCCGUGGGUUUACACCCCCCCACCGAGCAGCGAAAGCGCGCGGAGGACACAGAGGAUACGCGCGAGGGCAGUCCGCCGUAAAGCAAGAAGCGAAUCAAUUCAUUAUGUUGACACGAAGUUAAAACAAGAAUGUGUCAUUAGUUCUCAAGAAUUAUGUCACGGAGUAUACAUUGCUAACAUUAUAGUACAGCCGCAUAAUGGUAAGAUACCUUUUAAAAUAAUGAAUACACGAAAUGAGGAUGUAAUUUUGAAUUAUUUUAAUUUAAACGUUUCUAAGUUAAGCGAUUAUUAUUUAUGUCACUUUAAUAAGUCGAAUAUGAACGCAGAGAGGGUCAAGUCUUUGUUUUCUUUACUAAAAUUUGAAAAUCUAAAUGAGGAAGAACAAAAGUCUAUUGAAAACAUUUGUGCCAAAUUUCCAGACGUCUUUCACGUACCAGGAGAUAAAUUGACAACGACUUCAUUAUACGACCAUACUAUUGAAUUAAAGCCACAUACUACUCCUGUUUACGUAAAGCCGUAUCGUUUACCACAAAGCCAAAAAUCGGAAAUAGAUAAACAAAUAAAAAGUAUGCAAGACGAUGGAAUAAUAGAGGAAUGUAGGAGUGCCUGGUCGAGUCCAUUAUUACUAGUACCUAAAAAGCUAGAUUCAACGGGUAUUAAAAAAUGGCGUGUAGUAAUUGACUACAGAAAAUUAAACGAAAAAGUUCAAGAUGACAAGUUUCCUUUGCCAAAUAUUUCAGACAUUCUAGACUCGUUGUCUGGUGCAAUGUAUUUCACUACUUUAGAUCUCUAUCAAGGAUUUUAUCAAAUAAAAUUAAAUGAAAACAGUCGACAAUACACGGCAUUCACAACAACCAAAAAUCAAUAUCAAAUGACUAGAUUACCAAUGGGACUAAAAACUAGUCCCAAUGCGUUUUCUAGAAUGAUUACGAUUGCUAUGUCGGGAUUAAAUUACGAGCAGUGUUUGGUAUAUCAGGAUGACCUAUGUGUUUUUGGUAGAAACCUCGAAAAUCAUAAUAAAAAUUUAAUGGACAUUUUGUCUCGGUUACGCAAAAUCAAUUUGAAAUUAAAUCCAGCAAAAUGUAAAUUUUUACAAAAGCAAAUUUUGUACCUUGGCCAUGUAAUAUCAGAAAAAGGUAUUUUACCUGACCCAGAAAAAACUAAAGUAUUAGAAAAUUACCCAAAACCAGCUAACACAGAUGACGUAAAGAGGUUCGUGGCGUUUGCGAAUUAUUACCGUAAAUUUAUACCCAAUUUUGCAGAAAAAGCUUAUCCUCUUAACAGGUUGUGUUGUAAAAACGUAACAUUUAAAUGGACUGAAGCGUGUGAACAUGCUUUUCAUUCAUUAAAAACAGCCUUAGUU